CCGCUGUACUGUUUAACGUGCUGCUUUUCUGCUUUCUUCUCGGUCCUUUUUCUGGACCGAGCCGGGGGUCGGCUCAAAGACCAACACACGGGUCAGUGAGCAAAGUGUGUAAGGAAGAUUAACACGAACAAAGGCAGUGGAAAAGAGAGAUGGUCAGCAAGUUGAGAGGACUUUGUAAGAAGAGAAUUGGUCGAGAUGUUUAGAAGGACCUUGGGGACUGCUGAAGGAGACGGAGCAAUGUGUAAAAGAAAAGGGGGAGGGGUAGAAGACAUGCGGGGUAUCUUGCUCCUUACUCCGUGUCCGGGUUUAGAGCUUUUCAGAGCUGUCCCGUGGAGCCAGAGUGCCUUUUGUCUGCUGAUACGAUCAGGGAGCUGUAGGAAGUGGAGGAGCAUGAGAGAGUGUUUCUGUCAACCUCUGUGCUCAGUGCUGCUACCCUCAAGGAGACUUGAGCAGGGCUAUCUGUUUCCAUCUCUUCUGCUGCACUCCAACAGGCCAGACUGUUCUCCAUGAAGGGCACGGGGCCAAGUAGAAGAUGUCAGGAGAUGCAUUUGCAACUGGACCCUGCGAUGCCCAGCAGACGCUUCAGUCCUUCUGGCCUCGAGUCAUGGAGGAGAUCAGGAACCUGACCAUAAAGGAUUUCCGCGUGCAGGAGCUGCCCUUGGCUCGAAUCAAGAAAAUCAUGAAGCUGGAUGAGGAUGUCAAGAUGAUCAGCGCCGAAGCUCCGGUGUUGUUUGCCAAAGCCGCUCAGAUCUUUAUCACUGAGCUCACCCUGAGAGCGUGGAUCCACACCGAGGACAACAAGAGACGUACACUACAGCGGAAUGACAUCGCUAUGGCGAUAACAAAGUUUGACCAGUUUGACUUCCUGAUUGACAUUGUGCCCCGGGACGACCUAAAGCCUCCUAAACGACAGGAGGAGAUGCGUCAGUCAGUGGCUCCUGCAGAGCCGGUGCAGUACUACUUCACCUUGGCUCAACAGCCUGGAGCCGUGCAGGUGCAAGGCACGCAGCAGGGUCAGCAGGCCGGUGCACAGACAGCCACGACCAUCCAGCCCGGACAGAUUAUAAUCACACAGCCUCAGCAAGGACAGAUGUUGCAAGGUGCCACCAUGCAGCAGUUACAGCAAGUGCAGGUGCAAUCACAAGGCACACCCAUCACGAGCGCGCCCGUUGCCAUGCAGGUGGGUGAGGGCCAGCAGGUGCAGAUUGUUCAGGCUGCUGCAGCCCAGGGUCAAGCUCAGACAGCUCAGGCACAAGGCCAAACCAUGCAGGUCAUGCAGCAGAUCAUCACCAACACAGGAGAGAUUCAACAAAUCCCGGUGCAGCUAAAUACAGGCCAGUUACAGUACAUCCGUCUAGCCCAGCCUGUCUCUGGAGCACAGGUGGUCCAGGGACAGAUUCAAACACUGGCAAACACGCAGCAGAUCACACAGACUGAGGUGCAGCAAGGACAGCAGCAAUUCAACCAGUUCACUGAUGGACAGCAGCUGUAUCAGAUACAACAGGUGACCAUGCCAGCGGGACAGGAGCUGACCCAGCCGAUGUUCAUCCAGUCCACCAACCAGACAGCCGAUGCGCAGGUCACGCAGGUCAGCACCGACUGAGUCCGACCCAGAACCUUUCUCAGCAACACAUAACACGCAGACCAGCCCUUGUGACGCCAACAGAUGUCAUCAACUUCGCCAAGGGAUGCUCUGAUAUCUUGAUUUGAAAGCACCACCGAUUUGAAAUGAGGGACCUGAAAACUUGCAACAACGUGCAUAUUUUCUAAUAAAUUUAGCUCACAGGAUUGAAAACCAAAGGGACACUGUUAGACUCCAAUCAAAAAGUACAUUUUUUUUUUCAAACUUUUAGCAGUUUUCUUUUUAUACUUUUGUCUCUGACAUCACAUUGGUAAAAAAAAAUCUUCACAAUGGUGCUCCAGGUCCUCCUGAGGUUACUGUUGUGCAUUUUGAGUUUGCCAUGGUGUAACUUCAGAAUGGAAAAAGUGGCUAUGAAGGACAAGUAGAGUUAACAAACGCAUGCAUGUUGACAAGGUCCCAGUCGGUUUGUGCACACGGAAACAAUGCAGCAGCCUCAGUUUCAUUCUUCCUACCAUAACAUAUCCUGAUUAUAAAGAAACAGGAAAGCUUUUGUCUUUUUUCACCUUUUAUGUGGAAAUAAACUGGGAAAAAUCUCUGUAUUUGUAACAUAUGUUUGGUUAGUGGUAGCCUCCUUUCUCUCUGUGUUUAGUUGGAUAAAUUGAAGCCAUAUACCUCAGAUAAGGUGUAAUAAUUUCAUCUACUCUGUUGUUUUAUUUCCCACAUUGAUGAAGCAUGGGUUUCUUUUGUUUAGGCUUCAAACUGUAUAUGCGAGUAGUGUAUGUAUGCCCAGGUGAGUGUAUAUGAUUGUGUUGUGAGCAUCCACACUCGUCCUCAUCUGGUCUGUAGAGCAGAGAACCUCCACUCUGCCUUCUUUAUGCAUUUUUCCACAGUCCACUCUUCCCAGGAGGUUUUCCCUCUUUAGUCCUCUGCCCUGAUUGAUGUCUCAUGUACACACUCUAUCUGAAGCAAAUAAACCUUUUCAAUGUUUGCCCUUAACUUUCCCAUUAUCUGUUGUACAGUUUAAUUAUCAUUGUUCUUAUCCUUGUUGUUUUGCAUGUAGUUUAAAUUGCCAGCGUGCCAUGCAAUAGCUAGGUACAAUUACAUUUUGCAUUUUUAAUUUUUGUAAAACAAUUCUGUUUGUGGAAAACAAAAAAAACUAUUAAAAAAACAUAACUUGUGUAAAA